GUUCAACAUUGGACUGUACAGAAGAAUCCAAAAACACAGAUGGGCACCAUUCCUUCAAAGCCCUCCUUUAGUCCUGCUUUCUCUGCUUCCACACCCUCCUCACCCAACCCUUACAGUGCACGCAACAGCUCAGGCCAAGGUUCUGUGCUAGAAGCGCCUCACAGAGCUUCAUUCUCUGUCGAGUCGCCUGUUGAAAAAGAGAAGCGGCGGCAGCUCCAACUGCAGCACCAACAGUCCUUUUCUUAUUCCUCGCGUCCCUUUUCAGAACGAAGUCAGCAACAGCAGCAGCAUCGUAGUAGUAACAACAACAAUGCGAAUAAGAGUCAGAAUGAAGAGAGGCGCUCUAUUGAUAGAAUGAAAGGUCGUACUAUCAUCAGCCCCAGUACUAGUACCAAUACUAAUACCAACAGCAAUAUCAAUUCUGUCUCAGCGAACAAGAGCACCAUAGAUUAUUCGGAAACAGGCCGUGCUGAAAAAAUAGAAUUAUCGUUGGAAAAUAAUCAUCGAAAGAACACUAUCGCCGACAGCACUGCAAAGACAUUCUCCCUCUCCUGUCAGGGCACUCAUUCUCAGUCCUCACUCUCCGAUAAGAGUAUUGCAAGCAUCAGCAGUGGUGGCAAUGUCAGUGGCAAUGGUAGCAGCGGCAGUAGUGGUGACAAUAGAAGAGGCGACUCUACGCCCUCAACAUCCAUCAGCGCCGAAACAACCGAAUCAUUGGGUCAACUAAGCCUACAACGAUUCCCUACAGGCGAGAUCGAAUACAAGGGCAAGACACUGUCAACAAGAUCCAAAAUAACAGAGAUUACACCACGAAGGAGUUAUGAUGCGCAGACUACGACGUCUCGAGCAGUAUCAUCCUCGGCCCGAUCUUCUUCCGGCAGUUCAGGAUUUAAGUUUACUAAACCCAGCCUGUCUUUUAAACCAUUGCUCAAUAACCAUAGUACCGACAAUAAAAAUCCUCAGCACAUGUAUCAACACCGCAAUAACAGUAGUUCGUCUGGAUCACCGAACGGGCACGACUCUGGUAGCCUUCAGGAACAACAUCAACCACAAACACCUGACCCUUAUGCUGGCUCCCCUUUUCCUCCGGUCCUGAUGACCAUCAAACUUCCACAAUCUCUACUGGACAAAUAUGUGAUCGAUCAGGAAAGCUUCCGCCAUGGGAAAGGAAUCUGGGGUAUUGGCAAAUACAGCUGGACGAUCACUGUUCUCUCACGAGCAAACGGCAAGAAGUAUGUAAUCAAGCGAGUGUCUAAAUCUCUUUUGCCGCCAUCCGCCUAUUACCACUAUCCGACAACUGCGCAUCGACUAUGCACUUGUCCAGCAUGCAAGUCCAGUCGUGAACAGCUGAUACUGACGGGUCAGCUCGAUCAAAACGAGCUUGAAAAUAUCCAGGAAGUCCUCGUCAUUGAGAACAAGGGUAGGAAGGAUCUGCCUCAGCUCCCCUCUCCUUCAUCCCAACAGUCCCAAAAGCACUCUCCAUCCCGACCACUCUCAGCAUCUUCUAUAUUGACUGCGACCUCCAGGGAGUUGUCCAAGGACAAAGCGAAACGAAAAAGCCUUCAUUUGUACAGUUGUCAUAAUUCAAGUAUGCCGAACCAACAGAGCCGCUUCUUGACAUUCAGUACUGGCUCGUCUCCUCAACAAACCCCUAUCAACUCUCGACCUUCCACACCGUCACCAUCCCCUUCACGGCUAUUUCCCGGUUCAUCCGUCUCAGCAUCGCCCUCUAUUAAUGAACCAGGGAAAUCAAAUGCCAGAAACAAAAAUCAGCCCAAUUCAGCUUCUCUUCGAAAUGAACGAUCUUCUCCACAUAAUGCUCAUUCCCCUCUUUUACCUUCUGCAACACCACUUUCAUGGCCAUUUAACGAGGGCGAUCAAACUGUGUCUCAGACAGGACAUAGUGUCAUCAUAUCUUCAACGAAACAAUCCAAUGUCGCUACACUCUCACCUCCAAGGAUAUCGAAUGGAAGCUCAAAAGGAUACUCCUCACCUCGAUCUUAUGUCAGGCCAGCCUUAAUGUCACAGGGCAAUUCCUUUGUUAAGAAAAAGAGAGCAGCACAAGUACUUAGGCGCCAUGCUUCAGCCCCCAACCUAUCUCGACCGCUAACGGGGCUAGAUUUACUGGAAGAUGAUCCCUCUCGUCUGGAACAACUAAAACGACUUUCACGAUGCAAUAGAUAUGACUGGCUCUACGGCGAUUCCAGGAGCCAUCAUCACAACGAUCCCUGUAACCAGAUAAUCGAUUCACACCCAUUCAUUCCGGAGUCAGAUGGUCCGUUUUUGAAUUCGCUAUUCCCACUUACCCCUAUCACGCCCUCAUCCCAAGCCUUGAUAGAUAAGGAUGAGCAAAUACAAAGGAGCAUUGACGGUGAAGAUCAUUCCCUUGACGCUUCCGAGAACGUUGAGAUGAAGAUAAAUCCGUUGGAUACGAACAAUGGGGAGUUUGAGAGAAUGAGUCUAGAAUCAGCAAAAUCCAAAAGACCAUCAGAACCUCGAGGGUUUGUUCCCCCACAACAUGCACUCCCUAUGGAACUUGUGCUUUUGCAGACGUACAACGAUUCAGAUCAUCUACCAGAACAUCACGAAUGGACGCAGGAUCAAGAUUAUUGGUAUUAUGUCACAAAGAUGCAUGGGGUCAGGAGACGAAAACUGAAGAAGGUCAGCACUUGGUGGUUGGAUAUGAGCAGCCUUGGAAACGCUCUCUUGUCAAGUUCGUCAGCCUCAAGCGAGCCUAUUGCUACGGGACCCAUUUAUAAUAUGGGACAAGGAGCAAUGAGUAUAUCACCACUCUCAUCGCCGUUAACGUCCGAUGUAGCAUUGUCCGAUAUCAAUGCGAGUGGUGCAAGUCUAGGAGUCAAUGGUCAAGUGGGUGGUAAGGAGCUGACUGCUGACUCGUCUCACACUAAUCUCUCAUCUUUUGCACCAACCAUCUCGACCAUGAAACGCCAAAGCUCUCCAAGGAACAGCCACAUGGGCAAAUACUAUUAUGUCGACUGGGAUGAGUAUACGUCGUACUAGAAGGAAUGUGGGACGCUACUUUUUUCAUUCUUUUUCCUGUCAGAGGC